AUGUCUGAUCCUGUAAGUCCACAUGGUCCACCCAGCAGAGUCUACGCCCUUGAUGACUCGUCCCUGACAUAUCGUAGCAUUUGGCUCCUCUUCCUGACCAACGGGUUCCGACUUUCGAUCCUGUGGGGCCUGACGCCAUACGUCACGAGCGACUUCCAGUCGCACUCGCUUCUGACGGUCAUUGGUAUCGUCUCGAGCGCCAUCACGGCUGCCGUGUACAUCCCCAUGGCCAAGAUGCUCGACGUCUGGGGUCGUGCCGAAGGUUUCCUGCUCAUGAUCGGCUUUGCGACACUCGGCCUCGUCCUCAUGGCCGUCUCGGAGAACCUAGCCACUUUCUGCGCCGCGCAGGUCUUUUACUCCGUCGGCUUCGGUGGUGCCAUCUACACUGUAUGCGUGCUUGCCGCCGACGCGACGAACCUGCGCAACCGUGGCCUGGCCUUCGCCUUCACAUCUUCGCCCUACAUGAUCACGGCGUUCGCCGGAAGCAAGGCCGCCGAGGGUUUCAACGGGUUCAACUGGCGAUGGGGAUUCGGAUGCAUGGCCAUCAUUGUUCCCAUCGUCACGUUCCCGCUGUUCGGUGUGCUCAAGCUGAACCUCCGCAAGGCCGAGAAGCAGGGCCUCAUCAACACAAGGGAGAAGAGCGGCCGGACCAUUCCCCAGAAGAUCGUAUACGGCCUCAAAGAAUUUGAUGGUGAGUUCGUGCCUGAUAUCCGUCAGCCGGUCUGGGGGAGGGGGGUUCGAAGCCCUGGUGGUUUUGUUUCAGUAACUGAUCUGGUGCACAGCUUUCGGCGUCUUCCUGUUCGCCGGCGGCCUGACCGUGUUCCUCCUGCCGUUCACGUUGGCACGGUCGGCGCCGAACGGCUGGUCGACGGACUACAUCAUCGCCAUGAUUGUCGUGGCUUCGUCACGGUCGGGGGCUUUGCGCUGUAA